AUAUUGUUACAGCUACCAAAUCCUUAUCUUGCUAAAAGGACUACUACCAAACUCAAUUUUGCUAUAUAUAAAAUUAACAUCAAAAACAUAUCCAAAAUGUCUAAAGCAAAUAUGGACCAAAAACAACAGAAGCAUUUUGUUCUUGUUCAUGGUGCUUGCAUAGGUGGCUGGUGUUGGUACAAACUAAAACCACAAUUAGAAUCUCUUGGUCACAAAGUCACAGCACUUGACCUUGCAGCUUGUGGCAUCAAGACAGAAAAAAUAGAAGAUGUUGAUACUUUUGAGGACUAUUCUAAGCCUUUGCUAGAGUUGUUAGCCUCACUUGAUCCAAAGGAAAAAGUGAUUCUUGUGGGACAUAGCUUUGGUGGAAUGAGUAUAGCUCUUGCAAUGGAAAAAUUCCCAGAAAAAAUUGCAGUUGGAAUUUUCAUAGCAGCUUUUAUUCCUGAUACCAACCACAAACCAUCCUAUGUCCUACAACAGUAUAUUGAGAGAUAUCCAAUUACAGGAUGGUUAGACUCUGAGCUUCCAUUUCAUGGAAACAAAACACUGUUGCUUCUUGGAUCCAAAUUUUUGUCCGCAAAUUUCUUUCAACUAUGUUCCAAAGAGGAUUUGGAAUUGGUUAAUAAUUUAAGAAGAACAGGAUCACUCUUUGUUGAAGAAUUGUCUGAGGCAGAGAAUUUCUCAAAAAAAGGAUAUGAAUCUGUUCCUCGUGUUUAUGUUGUUGCCAAUGAGGACUUAGCAAUUCCUGUGGAAUUUCAACAAUGGAUGAUACAAAAUGCUGGAGUUGAUGUUGUGAAUGUGAUCAAUGGAGCUGAUCAUAUGGCUAUGCUUUCCAAACCUCAAGAACUUUAUUUAUCUCUUAUUGAUGUUUCUGAUAAGCAUGCUUAAUUGAAAUAUUAUUAAAGAGGCACUUUCUUUUAAGCAUAUAUGUAAUGUUAAUUGAAUAAUAUUCUCCUUAAGAACUGCUGGAAAAUAAAUUAUUUUGGUUUAAA